UACCUUAUCUAAAUCAUUAUCAAAACAAUCUGAGGGUUUCUUUGUUUUUUGUUGCUGUUUUCCCACUUGAUUCUUUCCUUUUCUGGAGAAACAGAUUAAGGGAAUGAUUUCUUGAUUUCUCAAAGCUUCCAUUUAGACGGAAUUUCUCGAUUUAGAAUUAGUGUAUCUUUUUAUACUACCUAUUUAGUUUUCAAUUUAUUUUUUCACCCUAAUCAUUUCCAAAGAAGUGGGUUUUGUUUCCUUAUUACUACUUCUCCAUUGAUUAAUGGAGAAACAGACUGAGUUCAUCAAACACCCUUUUCUUGGUUUCUGAUUUUGUUUCUUAUUACGGUGAUAUUUAUAUGUAACAGAUGAAGAAAAUGCAUCACUAUUUGCUAAAAACUUGCAUAACACCCUUUUCUUUGCUCUUUAUUCACCUGUAUGUAUGUAUUUAUUUAAUGUAAUAUGGGAAGGCAGCAUAAACGAUGUCGCAUUUUCUUGGAAAAGAAAGAGAGUUCAUUCAUGCGUUAGUUAAUCAGUUUUAAGGAAGCAUAGAAAAGUCUGUCUUCUUCUUUUUGGGUGUGGAUUCCCAUGAAACCCUAAGAUGGGGGACCAUUACUUUCCCUAACUACCCCCUACUCUAUGCCAAAAUAAACAGGAGUAACUUUUAUUCCAGAAGAUGUGUUUUUAUUUGAGGAAAACAUACAAAUUAAAUUAUUCACAUUUUGUGAAAAGGGGUGUAUGUAAAUCUAGUCACAAUCAAGUGUGAGAAAACAACAAGUAGCUGAAAAUGAUGUGGUGGAGUUAAGGGAUGCAAUAGAUGGGGAGAGGCAUUUUGUGGUCUUGGAUUAGAAGGGCUUGAGCUCUGUUUCUGUAUUUGAAUAGUUUUAAUAUACUUCUUUGUCUACUAGUGGUUCUUUGUCUCCAACAGCUCUGUUUGGUAAAGAUCUGAGUCCUAGUUACUUUUUUGCAUUCCAUGAGUGUGGAAAUUUACUAAAGCCAUCUCGUAGCUUCUUCCCCAAGAUGGAGUGGAAUGCAAAGUGGGACUGGGGAAACCUGGUAAUGUUUGGUUCAGAGGUCGCCAAAAGUCCAAAAGAACUACAAUUAACAGAUUGGGGAGUUGAAGAAGAUGGAGAACUUGAUGCUGGAUCCUUCAAUUUGUCGAGUGGUGGUAGUGGUAGUGGUACUGGUGGUUAUGUCUCUGAUGUUGGGUGUGGUUCUUCGAUCAAGAGCUCAAUAUCAGCUUCUACUGACUCUUCACCAAAGGAGGGCUUGAAAGCAUCCGACUUUUCUUUCGAUGGCUCUCCUGAGGAUCUUAGUAAGAAAGUGAAACCUUGCUCUAGAAAUUCACCCCCCAUGGAGGCUCCAGUAGGCUCUGUUGAACCACUUGUAGGUCUGAAACUUGGUAAGCGGACAUUUGAGACCAUCGGUGGUGCUAAGGUUUCAUCCUUCCCCGAUAAACACGUAUCAUCUGCUGCAGCAGCAAAGAAAACAAAAUCAUCUACUCAGAAUGCACCAACUCCACGCUGUCAGGUUGAAGGCUGCAACCUUGAUCUUUCAUCAGCUAAAGAAUAUUACCGGAAGCAUCGAGUUUGUGAAAAUCAUUCCAAAUGCCCAAAGGUCAUUAUAGCAGGUGUAUUACGCCGCUUUUGUCAACAGUGUAGCAGGUUCCAUAGCUUGUCUGAAUUUGAUGAAAAGAAGAGAAGCUGCCGCAGGAGGCUCUCUGAUCACAAUGCACGACGCCGCAAACCACAGCAGGAAACCAUCCAGUUCAACUCGGCAAGGCUUUCUUCAUUGUUUUAUGAUAGCAGGCAACCUAUGAAUCUUGUGCUCAACCAUUCCAACCUGGUUCAGUGUAGAGCUGCUGCAAAUUCUACCUGGGAAAGCACUGAAGAAACUAAGUUCAGUAUAACAAGAGGAUUAGCUCCAAAGCCUGAAAGAGAUGGCAGUACAAAUGGGCAGUCAUUAUUGCCAGGGAUCCAGUUUUCACGGGCCGUGGGUGCACACGGUAAUGUAUCUAGCUGCUUGCUCUUGCCCUCCAAGGGCCACACAGCCGAGGUUUUCAAUCGAGGUGCCAAGGAAUCCAUGUUCAAUAUGGGUACAGGACCGGAAUUUCCUCGUGCUCUCUCUCUUCUGUCAACUAAUUCAUGGGGUUCAUCCGAGCCUGAGACUGUUUCACUGAACCACCCAACACAUGCAAAUCAGAGCAGCAUGCCCGAGCAGAUGAUGCAGGCAAUUCCACAAGGUGUGCCGCUUCUGUCCUGUGAAUACUGGCAGGGUGAUGGACAACCUUCAUCCGAUCCUCGUGACCAUACAUUGGCUGCUAAUAGUCAUGCUGGUGGUAGCUUUCAGGGAAUCGAACUGUUCAAACCUCCAUUUGACACUGAUUUUUAUCUCAAUGCAUUGAACUGAAGGCAACAUCUGAUGGAUUUUCAGGAAAUUUGGCCAGCUCCCCGUUUUUGCUUUUUGACACGUUAAAUUUGGAUCAAGCAGGAGGUUUAUUAGUAGGCUAUUUCAAGCAGUUUGUUUGCCAUCUUAAAUUAGUACUGGUAUAUAAUAUAUAGGUUGGCCUUUGCAACUCCAAGAAAGUUUACUUAAUUUAGGCAGUGACAAGGGUUCUUAAGAAUUGUAGUUUCUUUAUUCUGCAACUUAGAACAUAACUGCACAGGCCCCGACUUCUGAAUGACUGUUUUGUCCAUUUUCUGGAGUGUUGACGAAUUAGUAUUUUGCUA